AAUGUUCCUUCACACGUCCCAUCCUCUUCCUUCAUCUUUCUCCGCCGUGGAAUCAGAUAGUUGCCAAUAAUUUCAGGUUCCUCCGGUGCCGAAAUCUUCGCCGUCGUAAUGACGAAUGCUACCGCUUCUCGAGCUUUUCCGGCUCGAUUCUUGUCUCUCUUUUACUGAGCAUCUUCAUCUUUUACUAUUCUGCUACUCCGGCGUCCGGCGACCGGCGUCCGGCAUCGGAAGAGGAGAAGCUCGGAGUUCACUAUUUACUUCUACUUUCUCUGCUGCUCAAUCUUCGUUCGUCGAGCUCCCUCAUAUGAAGAUCUUUUAGUAGUUUCCUUUUCUUGAUUGUAUUUCUGGGAUUUUUUUUCUUUAUCCAUUUGUAUUGUUAGUGCGAUUGAUUCUUCCACGCUUUCCCUGGUUUCUGAUAGCGAUUGAUUUCUACUGUUCGAUCGAACUGGUUGAUCGAUGCUUAAAUGUUGAACUGGAUCAAUCGCGAAGGCGCGUAGUAGGAAAAUCGAAAUAGAAUUCAGGAUUGUAAACUUGGAAGGAAGAGAGAAUUGAGAGAAGAUGUUUGAUCUUAAUCUCAAUGUCGACUCGCCCGAUGCGACUCAGAAUGGCGAUUCUGUCAUGUUCUUUGAGAAACUUCCUCAAGGCUCGGGGAACCAAAUGGAUGAAUAUGAAUCAGGAACUUCCAAUUCUUCGAUUGUCAAUGCGGAUACCUCCAGCAAUGGGGGCGAUGACGACUCGUGCUCCACACGCGCCGCUGGCGAGCUUUUCACGUUCAACUUCGAGAUAUUGAAGGCUGGAAGCGCGAACGACGUCGUCACAAAGGAGUUUUUCCCGAUAGGUGGAACAGUGAAUGCUGACUUCGGGAGUCUUCAGGGGCAAAAUUCUGCCUCUUCUUCGUCAUCUUCAUCGAGGAAGAACUGGAUCAACCUUGCAUUUGAUCGAAGCGGGUCAGGAGGGGAGGGGAGGAUUGUUCAGCCAGUUCAGCCUCAGCAGGUGAAGAAGAGCAGGAGGGGACCAAGGUCUCGGAGCUCGCAGUACCGAGGCGUCACAUUCUACAGGAGGACUGGGCGGUGGGAAUCUCAUAUUUGGGACUGCGGAAAGCAAGUCUAUCUUGGUGGAUUCGACACUGCACAUUCGGCAGCAAGAGCAUAUGAUCGAGCCGCUAUCAAGUUCAGAGGGGUCGACGCUGAUAUUAAUUUCAAUCUUAGUGAUUAUGAGGAAGAUCUGAAACAGAUGAAGAAUUUGAGCAAGGAAGAGUUUGUUCACAUACUUCGUCGUCAGAGCACUGGUUUCUCAAGGGGGAGCUCAAAAUAUAGAGGGGUGACACUCCACAAAUGUGGCCGAUGGGAAGCUAGAAUGGGGCAGCUCCUUGGGAAAAAGUAUAUAUAUCUUGGGCUAUUCGACAGCGAGGUAGAAGCUGCAAGGGCUUACGACAAGGCAGCAAUCAAAUGUAAUGGGCGGGAGGCAGUAACCAACUUUGAGCCAAGCACGUAUGAAGGAGAGAGGGUUUCUGAGGGCAGCAGUGAAGGUGGUCGGAACAUGCUUGAUUUGAAUUUGGGGAUUUCACCCCCCUCACUUGAAAAUUGUCAAAAAGAUAAUGAGGGGCAUCUGCGGUUCCAGUCUGGUCCUUAUUAUGCUAAUGACAGGAGCACAAUGAUGGAGAGCAAUGCUGAUGCAGCAGUUGGCGAUCCACCUUUCAAAGGAUUGGUAAUGACAUCAGAGCAUGCUCCCUUAUGGAAUGGUUUACAAUCUAGCUUCUUUCCCAAUGAGGAAAGCGUGACAGAGAAGAGACUUGCAUUAGGUUCAUCGCAAGGAGUCCCCGACUGGCCAUGGCAAAUUCAUGGCCAGGUUAAUGCCACCCAAGUGCCCUUGUUCUCUGCUGCAGCAUCAUCAGGAUUCUCAUUUUCAGCUACCCAUCUCCCGGCUGCCAUCCAUCCCCCGCGCCAACCGGGAUUGACCGCCCAUAAUCUCCAUUUCACUCCUGCCAAAGCUUCCCUCAACUCCUCUCAAUAUCGCCACCAGUUUAACCCACAACAGGCACCACCAUAAUCCUUAUUCUUCUAUAUUAGAAGGUGACCAAAAGUAAAAUGCUUAACUGGUUAUCUUCUUUUCAUUCGUAUGUUUUAAGUAACAAUUGAUUUGCACUUUGUCUUGAUUUCUGACUAAUAUCUCACUACAAAAAUACUAUGUUUCAUAUUUCUGCACCUGAAAAAUAUGAUAUAAUAUAAUACGUUCUCUUGCAUUCA